UUGCCUGAGUCAGCUGCUGCCAUUCAGGGGCCAUGUGAGCCCACACACACAUGGCUUGCAGCACUGCACAGAGCUGUAUUUUUAGCAGACGGUAUCAAAAGCAUAAUUAUGUCUGUUGUUUAAAUGCAGCCUCUUUGUUGGCAGCUCGCAGAGCCUUCAGCUGGCUCCCAGGCUAUGCUACCAACAAGGAGGGCAAGGAGGCACAAUGAGAAACUCAAUCCCCAGCUGCUCUGAGACUGCCCAAGCCCCGAGUGGUCCAGGUGGCAGAGGAUAGAAGUCCCCUCUCCAGGAUCUGGGAAUACCUUCUAUUCAGGUGACGACAUCUAGACUGGGUGUCACGGAGACAAGUGAGGAGGGGUGACUGGCUGAGGGCAGGUGGGACCCAUGGCUCCCCGGCAGCACCCAUCUCCCUCGACAUGCUCCUAUGGCAGAGAGGCUCGGAGCGAGCGCAGGAAGCCGCAGUGAAAGCACUGGCUGUUCCCCUUUGGACGAUACAGUGCACCUGGGAGGACAGUCAGCACCACAUGACAGGGAACAAACCAUGGAGAGUGACGCCAAGAACGGGGAGGCUGCGCCAAGAUGGAGGAGACCUCAGGGAGGAGCCCAAGAAACCCAGAUGCUAGAGAGCAUGGUCGGGGCCGCACGCAGGAGCAGAAGUGUGGCGCUGGGGAUCCCUUCUAAGAGCUGUCGGGACGGGGUGGACCUGAGCUGCGUGCCUGGGCCCGACUCAGCGCUGUGCCCCGGGGAGAAGGCCUCUUUGUGGAAGCACGCCGAGAGGGCGAAGGAGUUCUCUCCGUGUCUGAGAUGGGGCCGAGAGACCCUCGGGGGGCUGGAGACAGCACUGGACUCUCCGUACCAUCCUGCCGUUGAAGCAGAUUUCUCCAAGCGCAUGGAGGCCAGGCACCAGCCCCCCAGGAGGAUGCAAUCGAAGGAGACACCCGACUUCCAGCUUCACUCCAAGCCCGAGAACGGGGAGGUAAAUAUCAGCUGGGCGGAGCAGAAUAAAGACAGGCCUGGCCCUAUGUGGACAGAGGCCAUGCUGGCCAGCCAGCUGGCCCUGUACAGCCAUGCUUACCACAACUACCCCCUGCCGUUACCUGGGCUGGAAAACCAAAGCCCGGCUGCCACUAACAAACCUUACCGGCUGUCUGAGCAAGACUCCCUCCACUCCGCCAGUCCCUCUGGGGACACCGCGGGCGACCCCACUUCCUUCCACCACCUGAGCACUCACUGCCCCUUCCUUCUUGAGGCCAAGCUGGCAGAGAGGAACCCCUUCUUGGCUUCCUCCAUCGUACCAGCCAGCACUCCAGCUGAGUCUGCCUAUGGCAAUAGCUUGGCCAGCCUAGCCCUGGCUCACCAGCUCCAGGACUGCCCCUCUGCCUUGGGAGAGGCCCAGUACCCUGACCCCGAUUGGCAUCGGGCACCUUACCCGCGCUCAUGGAGCCAGCCGGUGUACCUGGGACCCCAUCCAAGAACAAAGACCCCGUCAGCUUUUGAAACCUGCUCCAGCUCAGGAAACAAGGAGUUUUACCAGAAGAAGGAUCCUGGCUUUCCCCACACAGGAGAGGACCUGGCCCCUGUGCCCGACCAGGCGCAGCCUCGGCUGCUCGGCCAGUACGAGGUGGGGAAGGUGAAGCGAGAUGGAGAGAGCGAGCUGGAGUUGACCUACGUGGAGCCCACGCAGAAGGGAGCUGAGCAGAGGGGGUGCAUGGCACUGGCCCCUCCCAGUGACCAAACCCUUCCAAACAACCAUGGCCAAAUGGGUCAGCCGCUGUUCUACCUAAAGCACAAGGUGGCAGAGAGUUUGUGGUCCAGCCGGCCCCUGGUUCUGGAUUAUCCUCUCAGCAAAGCACCGGCCAGGCCCUCCGAGUCCAAAGACGAAAGCCUCGUGUACCAAAGCCUGAAGCCUGGCUCCCCUGCGGUGCUGCAGGAAUCCUCUGGAUCUCCGCGCGCGGACAGAUUCCAGCCCCCUGCCCUUUCCAAAGUAGAGCUCCCACCUGGGAUAGAGGUGCUUCCAGCUCAUGCUCUCCCCUGCAAAUGCUCCCCUUGGGACUGCCCCCCGAGAUGCUGCAAGAGGUGCCAGGGGGCGGGCUGUGACGCUGCCAACUCCUUUGGCACCAUAAAUGAGAAGCCCGGGCCGUGCCGAGAAGGAGAUGGAGCCUUGGGAGGCCAUGGCAUUCAACGGGGCAAGGUUUCCUCCCUGCUGCCCUGCCCUCCUAGCAAUCACCACACCAAGCUGAAGAAGACCUGGCUGACCAGGCACUCGGCACAGUUCAGAUGCCCUGCUAGCUGCCUCGGGGACAAAGGGGCUCCUGACCAGAUCAAAGAGGGUUUGCCUCUGAGGUUCAAAGCUUUAAAGAGGGAAGGCCAGGAGAGUGCCGAAGAAGCAGAUGGACCUGGCAAACGGACAGCUAAGCGGCCCUACAGCCACGUCUCUGGGGAGGAUCUUUGGAGCCCCUGUGGCAGGAGGGGUAGCUAUUCGGCAAAGCGGAGCUCAAAGGCAGCGGCGAACGAGGCGCUAGAUCCCACGAGGAAGGAUUGUGAGGCCCCGGAGCAGAGGGCCGUGCUCCCAUCCAUGGGAAGGAAAGCAGAUGCAGGAGAGGGAGGGCUCCUGAGUUGCAACGGAGAGGACGCCGGAGAGCAGAAGGAGAAGCGAUACCUACAGAGCGUUCCAUGUAUGGCCCUCCCUAACUGCAUUGAGAGGUGUUGUGCUUGUGCCUCCAAGGAUGGCAUGGGCGCCGUGCCCCCGGAGGAGGAGGAAGAACCCGUGGAGACCUUCUGUAGGCUCCUGCAUUUCCGGAGGCUCACGUUCUCUGACAGUGGAGAGCUGAGCGUGGAUGGAUUUUCCACGCUGGACGAAGCCGAGGGCGAGAGUUUAUGCCUGAGGAUCUCCAGCAGGGAGAGAAGGGCCCAGGACAUCAGCAUCAGCCUCAGCCUCGCCAAGUAUCUCCUCUCCGUCCUGGGGGACCAGUUCUGUGAGGCCAUCAGGAGAGACAGAGAGGCCUGGCUGUGGGCUCAAGGGGAAAACGAAAGGGUGACCGCCUGGCGGCGAGGGAAAGACGCCCAGCAGGCCUGCGAUGCCUGCCGGCACGGCCUCUUCAACACUCACUGGAGCUGCUCCAGCUGUGGGUUCCAGCUGUGCUCGGAGUGCUACCGGACCAAGAGAGAGAGAGCCAGCCCAGCCCGGGCAGAGGAGUCUGUGCAGUCAGCCAAGUGUGUCCAAGGGCAGGGCCAUGACGUUCUGUCCCUGAUUCCUGCGCAGUUCAUCCCCACCCAUGUCCUGGCUGAGCUCUGGAAGCUGAUGCACGAAGUGCAGGUGAAGUUUGACAUCGAGUCGCACUGCCCCUGCAGACUGAGCAUCCUGAGCAAGAGCCUCACCGACAACACGAGGGGCGGGCAGAAGGAGGAGAUGGGGAACCUGACACCUUUGCUACGACCUGCCUGCAACGGAGAGACAGAUGGGUCGAGGGAAGUCAAGGAAGAAAGCCCAGACUCCGUCCACCCGCUGAGCGAGCCGGGCCCUAAGGGUACGGUGCAGACGUCCACCCUCUGUGAGCUGUUGACCUCUACGGCCGUCAGGCUGUGCCUGGGGCAGAACGGCAUCCGCAUGGCGUUCGCGCCCGUCUCCCCGGCCUUGCCCAGCGACAACCGGAUCACCAACAUCCUGGACAGCAUCAUCGCCCAGGUGGUGGAGAGGAAGAUCCAGGAGAAGCACUCAGAGUGUGAGCUGAGGAGCCCCAGCCCCCCUGAGCCGCAGGUCUCCCACUGCAUCCUGGCCCCAGGGGGACUCCUGUGGCUUCACGAUCCAAACCACUCCUGCAACUACAAGCUCUUCCAGGAGCACUGGAGGCAGGGCCAGGCACGCUCCAGCCCGGUAACCUCCGCCUCCCCUGUGCCCCCCCCGCAGCCUGUCUUGGUUUCAGGGCUGCAGAAGACGCUGAAGAGAAACCUGUGGGAGCCCGAGUCGUUCUGCCGCGAGCAGCGGGGGCAGGAGGUGCAGGCGGUGAACCUGCGAAGCCAGCCGGGCUGGACGAGGAUCAGCAGCAAGGACUUCUGGGACGGCUUUGCAUCCAGUGCCAAAUGCCUGGAGACAGAGAACAGCGAAGGGAACCUGCUCAAGCUGGAGAGCAGCUUUGGGGACAUGCCAAGGUGCAGGGCUGAAAACCUCUAUGCCAGUUUGCCGCUGCUGGAGUACUGCGGGCAUGAUGGAAAGCUGAACUUAGCCUCCUACCUGCCGGGUAGCCAAGGCAGGCAGUGGCUGAGUCCCCAGAUCUGUGCUGCCUAUGGUGUGGCUCCCGAGGACAGGACCGUUGGGACCAAAAACCUGACAGUGGAGGCGACCGAUUCCAUCAGCGUCUUGGUGUACGUUGGGGCGUACCCGCUGGACGGGCACAGUGUCCAGAAAGAGAUUCUCCGGAGGGCGGAAGAGGAUGGAGUCGAUGACGUCCUUAAGGAGCGGCUCUGGGACAUGAGGAACUGGGCAGGAGCCCUGUGGCACGUCUUCCGAGCAGAGGAUGCUGACUGCAUCAAGGGGUUCUUACAGAAGGUGUGCAAAGCCCAAGGGGAGGACAGGGCGACCCAGCUGGAUCUGAACGGCCACAGGAGCUGCUACCUGGAUGCGUCUCUGCGGAGGAGACUGCGGGAGGAGUGUGGCGUGAGCGGCUGGACCCUGCUCCAAUUCAUGGGGGAUGCAGUGCUGGUGCCAACAGGGGCUCCAUACCAGGUGCAGAGCCUCAGCAGUACUAUCAGCGUCACGCAGAGAUUCCUCUCGCCGGAGAACGCCGCCCGCUCGGCACGGCUCGUGGCCCAGGCCACAGACCCUGCCGGCACGGCACAGAGACUUCAUGCACAGAUGGACAGCCUGGUUUAUGGUGCUGUGAGGGACGCAGUGGGGACCCUGCAGGGCUACAAUUAAGGCACUGGCAGGCAUGCAGCAGGGAGACGGAGGACUGGCUUCAGACCGGGGCCUCUAGGAGUCCAGGAGGAAGAAUUGAAACGAAGGGGGCAGCAGCACAGGAUUCCUGGGGAGCCCCACAUCCGCCUAUCUGGAUGGGGAGUGGCUCUUUGGCACUGACUGUGACAGGCCAGGGUUGUCAGGCUGAAGUGACCAGAGCGCAGGGCCUGUGACGAGGAAGAUGGCUGCUGGACAAAAUGGGGCCAAAGCACGCUCAGGCCCAGCCACUCCCCUGCUCCAGGAAGGGCAGAAGCUGUGACGCGGACAGGUAGGAGGGGAUGAACCACCUGAGAGACCAUCCACCCAAGUGAUGCGACACCCAGCAUGUUCCAUGCAGCCCCUGCCAGGAGCCAGCCAAGCGCCAGUGAGUCCCAUGGGAUUCAAGCUUCCAGCGACACACGGGACUCCUUGGGUUUCCCGUUCUGCACUGAGCACUUGUCCUAUAUGCUGCUGCCGGCUGUGCCAGCUCCGCCUACCCCGCAGAGCCCGCGCCGUGCCCACACGACGUCACACCCAGUGCUCGUUCCCGUGGCGUCCUCCCGCCGCUCGCCCUGGCGACGUCACACUUGGUGCUUACUUCGGCGGUGUCACGCCACGGUGCUCGCUCCCGGGGGAGGCGCGGUCUGCGGGAGGGACCUUGGCCAGGUCUCCGUCCCAGCAGGUCCUCUCAGGGUGGAGGCGAGGGCCGUUGGACCUAGGGAUGGGUGAGCCAUGGAAAUAAACGGCUGAGACGAGUCUUUGAGGAGACACGGCCGACGUCGCAUGCAGAAUCUAUGUCCAUUUAAUUGUCAUGCACUCCCCUUCACUGGUGUCUCGGGGCUUGGGGCGGGGCUUCGGGGCAGGGGGAGCUAACCAAGGGCACUGGAGCCUCCCACCUCAAGACCCAUCAGCCAACAAUGCCAUUGCACUGGUUUGAGACCCAGAUCUCCACCCGGCCUUCCCCGCUUUCCCCACCUCCGUGUCCAUCUCUCCUCUGUGGCCACUGCUGGCUCCCUGUGGACUGAGAAUCCGGAUCAUUGAGGGGCCCGACCCAGUGAGUCUCCCUGAACCCUACAGGAGUGUGUGGACAGGUUAGGGGGUGGCACUAGUGUGUGUGGGAGGGGGGCAUUUCUGAGGCGUUUGUCUAGUGACAAUAUUGGCCAGACCCCCACUCUCCCAGCCAUGCCCCCUUGUUCUCUCUCCCCAGUCCCUGGGAGCAGGCUGGUAUGACCUGUCUCCCUAACUGGGGAAUGGAGUGGGAGGGCAGGUCCCACCACCCAGCUGGGGUGAGGAAGGCAGACAGUCUUCUGCUCCCCAAAUCCCCUUUCUCUUGCCCUUGCUGCCCUCCUCUCCCUGGCAGCAGACACCAUUUUAAUCGGUGCAUCAAACAGGUCCUCUGGUUUAUUCCACUCUCCUGUCUGCCUGCAUCUCUCCAGGCCAUGCUCUCAUUGCUCUGCAGGGUGGCUGAGCGAGCUAAGUGGGGCGAGAUCAUGCAGUAAUUGCAACAGCCCAUCCUGCCCGGCUGGCAGUCCCUCCCAGCAGGAGUAACAAAGACAGGAGGAAGGUGGCACAUGCACUUGUGAGGUCACCUCCCAAGGGGAGCAAGCAUCUGGGCUCUCCCUAGAGCCCUGUGGACCAAUGCGGAGAGGCCUGGAGCACACAGGAGGUUGUGGCUUGGGCGUAGGGUUGCCAAUGGUCCCUUAUUACAGGGGACAUCCUAUAUUUUUUCAUCUCUGUGCAACAAGAUUGGGAGUUGCUGAGUGCUGCAAAGAGCAGCAAGAAAUACCCCUGGCAAGUGUAGGUGAGUACUGCUGAUUAUUAUUAAUAAUGAUAAUAUCAGAAGGAGGGGUGAGGUGGGAGUGCUAAGAAAACAGUCCCUUAUUUUUGAAAUACCAUGUUGGCAACCCUACUUGGGUGGGGGGGGUCACGUCAGCUCUCUGCUCUUUCUGCACCAGAAAGGGUGGGAGGCUGCUUCUGCACUCGCAGGCUCUGCCUCGGUUUCUCCCUCUGCCAUGGUCUCAGGCAGCACAAGGGCGGCCCCAGCUUGUGCAAAGGAGUGGAGCCUCUCUCCUCCCCCAGUGCCUGUGAAUCGCCGGAGGGCCUGUUCCCAUCUGUUCUCUGCUACACCAGUUGGCAGUGUGUGUGGGGAGGAGGCCAAGGGAUUAAAAGUCUAGCAGUUCCCUUUGUAAUUAAACCUUAGGGCCCGGGCUGCUGCUUAACCCUUUCCAAAGUGUGUGGCAGGCCAGAGGCUGCUCUGCCGAUGCAGGAGCGGGAAGGGAAUGGCCGACUUAGAAACCCCCUCCCCAAUACCCAGUGGUGGGGAAGCUGCAUGUAACUCCCUGCCGGGAAUUCCAGUGGCACAGCCAUGCCUGGCCUGAGCAGGAUGAGGGUGUUCUGGGCCACGGAGAGGUACUGUGCUCUCGGUGCAGGGCUGUGGUGCCGUUCAUGUGAAUGGGGGACCCCGCACGGGCAGCCAGGGGCCAUUCUCAUACGCAGCAGGUGAGUGACCCGUUUCCUUGCUAGCUCUGCUGCCCUCCCACCUGUUGGCAUCGUGUGGGGUGCCCAUGGUGACGCUGCAUAGUGACAUCCCUGGAUAUGCUGGUGGUGAUGGGCAUCGUGUUUUGUUGCAGCUUGUGAUGAGGUCAUCACAGAGUCUCAUCCGAGUUGUAACACUGCACUGGCUGGCCGUAUUUGGGGCAUCAUGGCCUUGGCUUGUUCUGCUGGCCUCACACCAGGAACUUAUUCUGAUGAUGUCGUGGUGUGCAGUGUCUUCGCAUUUGUGCUUCCUUUGAUGACGUCAUGCCAGGGUUCAUUCUGUGCCCUUUGGCUCAGGGCUCGUUUUGAUGUCGUCACACAGAAGGUUUGCCCUGAUGAUGUCACCACACUGGUCAUGAUCUCCCAAGGGAUGUCCAUUGGGAUUAUGGCAUUUGGUGCUUGACGUAUCGGUAGCAAUGCUCUAAAGAGUGCCAGUUCUCUCCCCAAAAGCGCCAGGCCCUUUGAGGGUCCAGUUCCCAUGGCAAUGGGCCCAUCUCAUAGAUGGGGUUCUCAGUGCGGCCAUCCUGGGAAGGAUGGUGUAAUAUGGAUACAGCAAUGGGCUUGGCAGUAAGGGCUCCUGGGUUCUAUUCCCAACCGUGAGAGGGGAGUGGUGUCUAGUGGUUAGAGCUGGGGAGACUGCCUGGGAGUCAGGGAUGAGGAUCAGAGCAGGGGUAGGAGUCCAAAGAUCUGAGUCCUGUUCCCAUCUCUCCCUGACCUGAUCGUGUCAAUAAUGCUGAGUGACCUCCUAGGGGACUUGAGCGCCCUGAUGUUCCUAAAGCACUUUGAGAUCCUGGGGCAGGACGGGCUGGCAAGGGGAAGUGUCAGAUUUCCAUGUUUGUUGCUCCCAACGGGCCCAGUUGACAGCCCUGUACACAGCCUCCCUGGCUGCCCUGUCAAUGUUCUUGUUUCCCUUCUGGCAAGCCACAGCCCUAGCCUGGCUGGAUGACUCACCGCCCUUUGGGAGCUCAGGGAGGAAGGGGGAAUCCCAUCUCCCACUCCUGUUUCCUUUUUAGGACAGUUCCUCCAGACCACUCCAGACCCGGGGCUCCUUCCAGUGCUAGAAUCCUCCAGUCUCGUCAGCACCCUCUGGACAGCAACCGUGCAGCAGCCCGCCAACUAAAAUAAACUCCAUCCUCCCCGGGCCCCUGCUCCGCCCUGCAGAUGUGGAAGAGCUGAGAGCUUAGCCUGCAAGGGCGGGUUCAGCCAGGGUCAGGGAGGGAUAAAGCAGCCAAUCCUAUCAGAUUAAGAGCCGGCCAUUUCAGGCUGCUGUGAAUUAGACACUGUCAAGUGAGGCGCUUGGGUAAGUUUAGCCCAGAUGCUCCUGUUGGCUGCUGGCCCGGUGAACGCUGCCAUGCGUGGGCCAGUGCUGCUAUGCUUGGCUGGGCCUUGCGCUUCCCCCCUGCUUUCCACAGGCAUCUCCAGCCGCUUGCGACUCUGGAUUGGGAGGCCAGGGCUUGAUCCCGCCCGCUAGCUGGGAUUUCCCUUUUUCCAGGAGACAAAGACCCUGUGAGUGAGGCAAGCAAAAAGCCUCAGAAACGCUGCCCCUGGCUCCAGGCAUUGGAGCCGAAGGAAGGGUGGGGAGGGUUCAGAGACUGAUGGUGGCAGAGGGAACUUCCACGACUAGGUGGAUACUUCAAAACCAGCCCUGCAUGGUAGCCCUUCCCAUCCUGCAGCUAGUCAGUGAAAUGAGUUUGGUGGGGCUGAGGCCAGUUCCCACUCAUUCUUGUUUGUAUUACCGAAAUGCCCAGGAGCCCCCCUCAUGGAUCAGGACCCGACUGGCCUAUGUGCUGCACAAACAGACCAAAAAGCCAGUCCCUGCCCCAGGGAGUUCACAGUCGAAGCAGGCCUUGUCCUCCCCUGCUGUCAGUCUCAUGAGAACAAGCGCCAAUCUGGGAAUCAGACAUGCCUCGCGUGUCCCUUCUCGUCCCAGGAUCUCAAAGAGUUCACAGACAAUGGGCUCAGCCACACAGCCCCUCGACAAGGUAGCUGAGUACCGCUGUCCUCUAGUUCUCACAGCAAGUCACUGACAAGAGAUGGGAACAGGACCCUGGUGUCCUAAUUCCUAGACUGGUCUCCUUCUCUUCCCCUGCUCCCUGCCACUUGAGAUGAGUACACUGCCUUGUGUGGGGGGGAGGGGGGGCGCUCACACACUUUCCAAGGCCACUGUGCUUCUGGAAAACAGAGACAGUUGCUGUUCUAUCCCCAGCACGGCCUGCAUACCCCAUCUCUCCCCUAAUCGCUGUCCCUGGUGCACUCAGCACUGGCUGCAUACCUCUCCCCUUCCCCACGCUUUCUCUCCACGUCUUUCCUUCCCCCUCAUCUCUCCUUCUCACUCACCUCAGUCUUCCUGCCUUGUAUCCCUCCCUCCCCUGCUCCCCGUUUCCCACCCAGAACAAAACCGUCCUCAUUCUUAACUCCAGCUUUUCUCUUUGGACCGGGAUUCCCGCUCACAUGUGUCCCUGGGCUCUGGGUGUAAGGCAGUGGUGUGCCCCGGCCAAGUCAGACAGUGUGUGAAUAUAUAGGGGUGAGGGCAGCCCUGCGCUGCGUGGCUGGUUGGAUGCAGGGGAGGCGGAGUGCAUUUCAUCCAGAGUUCCUACAAUCAGUGUUAAAAGGAGUCAUCCUCAAUAAACUGUUGGCG